GCAUGCUGCCCUUAAGUCUGAUGCAGGGCAGCUGUGGUCAGUUUGACCCAACAGAUGAAGUGGGAGGAUCUUUUCAAGCUUCUCCAGCUGAAAGAUGGCGGACAGAUCUUGGAAGGCAACACGGCUCCUGUUGGUCAUUCUGGUGGCCCUGGUGGCCUUCAGUUAUCAAGUAAAGAGGAAAACAUUUAUACGGGUACAUGAAGUAAGUGCAUUGGAGCCUUCUGUGAAGCAAACACUGGAGUAUGUCACAGAUCAAUACAACAAGAAAAGUGAAGACUUAUACAACUUCAGGAUCCUUCGAAUCCUCAAGAUUGAAGAGCAGAUGACAAAUCACAUGGAGUAUCACAUCACAGUGGAAAUGCAGCGGACCACCUGCUUGAAGACAGAGAACAGCCUCUGUGAUAUCCAGCAAGGGGAACUUCACAAGCAAAUCCGCUGCUACUUCUCAGUGUAUGUCGACCCCUGGCUUGAAGUAUUCAAAAUGCUCAAGAAGAACUGUACUGAUAGCAGCUGAGCGUCAUGAAGCAGAUGUGUCCUCCAUGCUUCCCAUCACCCUGCAAUCGAUAGUAAUCCUCAAUUUGCCCAAUAAAGAGGUCAGCC